CUCUGGCAACCGAAACCUUGCUAAGCACAUGUUAUGUAUAAUAAAGUGAAAACCUAAGGUGCAGCCCCAUGGGCGGCAACUCUAGCAAGCUAGAAAAGGCUUUGGCAGAGGCACCUGAGGACGAACGUUAUUAUGGCCUAGAGAACUUUGGAAAUACAUGUUACUGCAAUUCAGUUCUGCAAGCCCUCUACUUUUGCAAACCGUUCCGCGAGCGCCUGCUGAAAUAUGGCGCGACAAUCCCGCCGAACACGGAGGAGAACUUGCUGGUGUGCUUGGCGGAACUUUUUAAUCAGAUCAAUGUGAGCAAGAAGAAGGUGGGCGUCAUCUCGCCUAAGAAGUUUGUCCAGCGGCUGAGGCGCGACAACGAGCUUUUCCGGGGCCACAUGCAUCAGGACGCCCACGAGUUCCUGAACUACCUGCUCAACCAGAGCUGCGAGCUGCUGGAGCAGGAGGCGCGGCAGCAGGAGGGCGGCAGGGGGCAGGCGGUGGGGGCAGCAGGCAGCGGGGGCCAGCAGCAGCCCAUCACCACCUGGGUGCACGAAAUAUUCCAGGGCAAGCUGGUGAACGAGACGCGCUGCCUGCACUGCGAGACGGUGACGUGCCGCGAGGAGGUGUUCAUGGACCUCAGCCUGGAGAUAGACCAGAACACCUCGGUCACCUCGUGCCUGCGCAACUUCAGCUCCAUGGAGAUGUUGGACCGGGACGACAAGUUCUUCUGCGACCACUGCUGCUGCCUGCAGGAGGCCAAGAAGCGCAUGUUGCUGCGCAGCGCCCCGCCCUGCCUCAUACUGCACCUCAAGCGGUUCAAGUACGUGGAGGCGCAGGGCAGGCUCCGCAAGCUGAUGUACCGCGUGGUGUUCCCCAUGGAGCUCAAGCUGGCCAACACCACGGAGGACGAGCCGGGGGCGGCGGACACGCUGUACGGGCUGUCAGCGGUGGUGGUGCACGUGGGCAGUGGGCCGCACCACGGCCACUACGUGUCGCUCAUCAAGAGCGGCGGGCAGUGGCUGUUCUUCGACGACGAGAGCGUCACCCUCAUCAAUGAGAGCCAGGUGCAGAGCACCUUUGGGUCCACUUCGGACUACGGACAGAACGACACGCACCAUGGGUACAUCCUCUUCUACGAGCGCGUGGGGGCGGCGUAGGAGGGGCGGCUUGGGCUUGGAUUUCCGGAGGAGUAGGACAGGAGUAUGUGGGUGUCAUAGCUCAUAGGUGACAGAGGCAGCCGGAGUCAUUUCGGAAAGUCGCGGGGCGGGCAUGGCCUCCUGGGCGACUCUUGGAGGAGCGCCAAAUGUAGGAGGAGCGUGAGUUUGCAUCGUAAACUAAUGCCUUUUGCGGUUUGUGCUUAAGAACUUUUACUUUUGCGGUAGUUGUUUGGAUUUAGAGACCGACGAGAGGCCGACGAGACUUGGGAACAUAGGUGGGUUGUGCGCAGGGCGCUAAGAGCUGGGUUGGAUAAAAUGGAGCUAGGUCACUUGCCGGGAUGGGCUGAUGGCGUGAUGGGCGAUGGGACUCAUGGACGUGGUGUGUGCAUUCAGGGGCCUCACGCAGAGAAUUUGGCUAGACGGAGGCAGCGGAGACGGUGACUGGGCGAACUCGCCGUGGCUGGAACAAGCCGGUGUGUGAGAGCAUGGGGUUUUACAUGAUGACAUGAACUCGUCUAACGGAUGUGGAACGCAAGGCAAAGGCAUGCUUAGGUAGGUAGCAACGGCCACCCCAAUGUUGGGUGUAAACAGUCCUGGCAAUUCGUAGCCAGCGUUAAGAGAUAAUACAAUGUUUUGUGGAUAUGGGACGGAAGGAG